UAACUAACAAACUCAAGGGGUGUAAAGUGUAUAGAUAGAAAAUAAGAGGACAGGUAGUUCUGAUUUCCGUGAAAUCUUGUGACCCGACACCAAAACCUCCGUAGACUUUCCGGUAUAGCCCAAUCAGUCCCGAUUCUUCAUUACCGCAGAACUCCUUGGAAUAUUUCUCUAAUUCGAUACGUAUCCCCAAUUUUUACUGUAGUCAACUCAACAGCUCCAUUUGAAGCAGAGAAAGAGAUAGAAAAAUGGCGAUACUGUAUGCGGUUGUGGCGAGAGGCACAACGGUGCUGGCGGAGUUCAGUGCGGUGACAGGGAACUCAGGGGCGGUGGCGCGAAGAAUAUUGGAGAAGCUUCCAGGUGAAACGGAAUCGAGGCUUUGUUUCUCUCAAGAUCGAUACAUCUUCCACAUACUCCGAUCUGACGGACUCAGCUUCCUUUGUAUGGCCAACGACACCUUCGGAAGGAGGAUUCCUUUCUCAUACCUGGAGGAUAUUCAGAUGAGGUUCAUGAAGAACUACGGCAAGGUGGCUUCUUAUGCUCCUGCCUAUGCCAUGAAUGAUGAAUUCUCAAGGGUCUUACAUCAGCAAAUGGAGUUCUUUUCAAGUAAUCCAAGUGCAGAUACACUAAAUCGUGUCAGAGGAGAAGUUGGUGAGAUACGCACCAUCAUGGUUGAUAAUAUUGAGAAAAUACUUGAAAGAGGGGAUCGGAUUGAGCUCCUUGUUGACAAAACAGCAACGAUGCAAGACAGUGCAUUUCAUUUCAGGAAACAGUCAAAGCGCCUUAGGAGGGCUCUUUGGAUGAAAAACGCAAAGCUCCUGAAAUGCUUAAUUUACUAUUGCGAGUGGAUGUGCAUAGUUGGGCAAACAGCAUAUGUAUCACUGGGCUUUGUUAACAUGCCUGAUUGUGCUGUUCCUUUACUUGAUAAUUGCUGCUUGUUGUGGAGGCAUCACUCUACCUUCCUGCAGAUCAUGAAUUCCUUGGUAAGAGACACCAUAGCUGCCUGUAGUAUGGUUCAGAUUUUCAAAUGGAUUUAGAUAAGAACUAUAAAUCACUCUGAAAGGUUCUUGUAUAAUCAACCGUGUUGAUUCUCAUUCUGGCACCUUUCAGAGUACAGGUUAAAAGAAUGAUAAGGUUUGUAUUGUUGUUGUCUUUUUUGCCUCUACCAUGUUGUAAAUGCUCCAGUAAACUCCUUAGAUUAUUCUAAAGCAUUGGAUCUUCCAUAUUAUGUAUUUGUAGAUAUUUGAUAAGUUCAACGCCCUGUUUGUAAAUGUAACGUUCUACUGUGACUUCACCACCUUCAAAUAUUUACCAUGUCAAUUCACCUUUUCCAAA